GUUCGUGUUUCUUGAUACCCGGAUGUAGAAGGCAGGUGAGAAACAUCUCUCUCUCUCUUCCCUUCCCUCUCAACCUAAAACCCUAAGCACGUACAGAAACCCUAGUUACCUUCCCCUUCAUCGACUUUGCUUCCGAGUGAGAGAAAGUAGAGAGAGAGAGAGAGAUGGGAAGCGAUAGCGAAGCAGAGAAGUCGGCUCAGAAGGAGAAGAAGAAGAUUUCAGCUUUGGCCCCCAUUGCCAAACCCCUUGCUGGCAAGAAACUCAGCAGACGCACUUUCAAGCUCGUCCGCCGAGCGGCUGAACACAAAUGCCUGAAGAGAGGAGUUAAGGAGGUGGUUAAAACUAUUCGUCGGGGUAACAAAGGAUUCUGUGUUAUUGCGGGGAACAUAUCUCCUAUUGAUGUCAUCACUCACCUUCCAAUCUUAUGUGAAGAAGCUGAUAUUCCCUAUAUAUAUGUGUCAUCAAAAGAAGAUCUUGCAAAUGCAGGAGCCACCAAGAGGCCAACAUGCUGUGUCCUGGUGCUAACCAAGCCUAUGAAGGGGGAACUCGGCCAGGAGCAACAAGAAAAGCUCAAGGCAGAUUAUGAUCAAGUUGUUUCAGAUGUUUCUGAACUUACUUCCUCUAUGUUCUGAAAAACAAUGCAAAAAUUGAGUCUUGUAUUUUCCAUUUGCUAAUGUUAAUGUACUUUAUUUUGACUCAUAUUUCAUGUGGCAUUUAUUAUAUAUAUGUUUUGAUUUGAAGCAGCCGGAGAGAGAGCACGUGAUGUGUGUGCAAUUAUGUUCCACCCAUAAAUUUGAGUUUUCUUGUUACGA